UGUCAAUCAAAAAGAAUUUUUUAUAUGAUGUAACUUAUAUUAAAAUUUAUAGAUGUAAGCUAAUUCAUGUUUGAAAUCCAUUCUUGUGAAUAUGAAGGGACUGCAUACACUGUUGGUGCUUCUGUCUGUCUGGAAAUCUACCUUCUCACAACAAACGACAAGGUACAGAAAUCCAUGGGUAGAACUGGUGCGACAGAUUGCAUGCAGGAGUGUCACCUGUAACUUUGAGGAGACAUGUGAUUUACAAGUAGUCUGUACACCUUUUGGAGACUGCGGACAGAGGGCCACGUGUUUACAAAUCCCCUUUCCAAGGAACAGAGUGUGCCCCGACCCAUUUACAAAUGCAGGCCCUCCAUAUACUGUAGAAUGUUUUGACGAUGGAGGCUGUCGAGAACCUAUGGUAUGCUGUCAUAGUUAUGCAAAAAGUUACUGCCAUAUGCCGCCGUUCUCAGGUGCAGGUGGAAAUGUCAACCCACCAGUAACUCCAGUUGUUGUCCAACCAGUUACAGAAUCAGCUCUUAUGAAUAAUGGCGCCAGUAGAGCUUCUGGUAACACAAACAACGCUGCAGGGGUUGAUGGAAACACAAAUGGAAAUCCUGUUGGAAACAAUGGUGAUGUCGAUACUAGGACCGCAAAUAGAGGGGGCAGAAGUGUUGUCGUAGCCAGAUCCGACUUUUUUGAUCCACAGGGUUUCCGACGACAACAGAGAGUCAGUUGGAGAGAUUCCUUAGAACGCCGUCGAAGACAACAGUUGAACAGUCUCAGUGCAUCAAUUAGACUGAAUGGUGACAGACGAUCUGAUAAUGAAGUUGUAAGGCUUCCUGUCGAAUCAGAGGACCGAUCAAGAUUGCCAAUUAGAAGAGCUGGAGAACCAGAAGACCGAUCAAUAACCAGCAUCAGACGCAAUCUGAACGGAGGCAGACUUACUGUUGAAAUAUCUGGUCAACCUGGAAGUAGAGCACCGGUGGUAGAUUUAAACGGUGUCAGAAUAGCAGGAAAUAACGGUAGACCUAUUCAGGAUGGUGCAAAUGGAAACGACGUGAGAAUGGAUGAAAAUGGUGGUGGGCGAAGAAAUGGUCCUAUGUCAGAUGAGCCUCGACAGGAUAUUCUUAGAAAUGAUGGAAGACCUGGUGCUCCAGCUAAUGGACCAGGCGCACCUGGAGGUUCCGGAAAUGGCAAUCCUAGUGUCGCACCAGAUACAACUGGUAAUGAUGGUCGUCGAAAUCAAGGCGCACAAAGCAGUCAAUCCUCAAGAGGACAAAACGACAGAGACCGACCCAGAUCACUUAUUGGUACAGAUGAUUCUUUUGUUAGAGUCAAUUUGCAUGGUGGGCCGACUGAAGCAAGACCUUUCAUUAGGAAAGUUGACCUUUUUAAUGGUCAUGGUUUUUAUGGUGCCAGGAGGCGAAUUCUUGGCGAUAUCCAACUUGAUGGUCUACCCGGUCUUCCUGGGCUUCCAAACCGAUUUCCAUAAAGGGAUUCUCUUGUUUAUCGUUUAUAUGUAUUCCAUAUCUGGUUUAGGUUACUUUAAUUGUUCUACAUGAAAAAAAAACAUUAAGGAUAAGUCGUAUGUGUCUUGAAUUAAUCAAUUUUGAAUACUUAAGCAUAUGCGACCUAAUUGUGAUAUUGAUACAAUAAUUUUGAAGUGAAAAAUUCUAAAUUUAUUAUACUAAAAUUAUUGUGCAAUUAUUGAAUGUUCUAUCUUAAUAGAACAACAAA